AUGCCUGCCACUCUUGCGAAGGAGCACCUCUCCAUCGUGAUCUGCGGGCAUGUCGACAUCGGUGAGAGCACCACCACCGCCCGCCUCAACUACGACCUGGGCGGCCUUCCGCAACGCGAGCUGGUGAAGCUGAAGGAGGAGGCCGUAUGCCUAGUACCAGGCCCCAUCGCCUUCACGUUCUACAUGGACUGUCAGAAUGAGGAGCACGAGAGCGGGGUGACCAGCGCCUGCACCACCCAAGACUUCUACACCGAGAAGUGGCACUACACAGUCGUCAUCGAUGCCCCAGGCGAUCGCAAAAUCAACAAGGUCGCAAACCUGCAGAAGAAGGCUGACAACAUGGGCUGGUGGAAGGGCUGUAAUGCCAAAUACGGCAAGGACUGCGCCACCCACAGAUACAAGCAGUUCCGCUAUGACGGGUGGUACAAGGACUUCGAAGAGAAGGAAACGCCUGCGAUGCCAGUCUCCGGCCGGAUGGGCGACUACCUGCUAACGAAGUCUGACAACAUGGACUGGUGGAAGGAAUGCGUCGGCGAGUACGGCAAGGCCCGUGCCAUGCAAAACAUCCAUCAUAAGUCUGGAUGGUUUUACCUUUCUCCGCUUGCCGCCUGAGGCAAGCCAUGCUGCAAUUAGGGCUCGCUCCUGGCCUUUGCAUUCCGCUGCCCAUUGGUGCAUAAGAAUCGUGGGAGAGGCCCGUGGGAUUAGUCUUCCCCGCUCUCCGUGAUGAGCCG